AUGUAUGAACAAGUGCAGAUGGAUCCAAAAGAAGCAAUAGUAAAUCUUAAUGGAUUAGCCAGUAGGACUCAACAAAUUCAAGAUCAUCCAUGUAAUGGUGGAAACAAUGGAAUCGAUAUGACAUCUAAUACAAUGAACGGACAAGUCAUGGAACAUCAAACAAAUAUGGAUAUAGAUGGAAGAAAUAUUAUUUCAAGUGAUAUCAGAACCGAAACACCGAACAAACAAGGAAUAAAUUUAAUUGAUGGAGAUAUUAAUAACAUGCAAAGUUCAAAAAAUCGUCGUACUCGCGGUGUUUUUGGAAUGAAGGAUUAA